AUAGUUAACACAAACCACACUCAUUUCCUCUAAACUAAACUAAAAAUGCCUUCCACUCCUCCUCCUCAAACCCUCUCUAUCAACAACCAAACUCCCUCCUCCACCCCAAAACUCCGGCCAACCUCCCGCCGGACUCUGUCGUUGUCGUUGUCGUCGUGCUCAAACUCCUCGGAUUCCUCCUCCCUAGAAUCAUCACCAUUCCUCCUCAACCAUCUUUCCCCUCCACCUAGCCCCAUCACCCAUCUAAACUUGAUAAGAAUCCCUUUCUCUUGGGAGAAAACCCCCGGAAUCCCGAAGAAAACCGAGCCCUCCGGCCCCCGCCUCCUCCUCCCUCCACCACCUGCCUCGGCCAAGAAGUGGCGGAGCCAAGAAGAGAAGAAGCACCUCCAUAGGUCUAAAAAAGAUCCAUUUUUUGCAGCAAUGAUGGAAUGCUCCAAAGAUGAUGAUUGUGCUAACAUUUGGAAUAAGGGGAGUUUGAGUGAUAGAUUUGGAUUCAUAAGCAUGUACACUUCUUGCAAGAAAACAUGUGCAAUUUCCGAAUCAAUUAUGUAUGUCCCAAGAUCUAGUAGAUAAUUAAGUUUUUAUUUUAUGUAUAUUUUGAUGAUGUUACAUUGAAUCACUAGCUAGCUAUGAUUUGAUGUGUUUUUUCUUCUUGCUUUUGGUAUGACUUUGUUUGAGUGUUGAAGGUAUUCCACACAACUAUAGGGACAAAGCCAAACUGUCCAAAGCCAUGUUGUGGUAAUCAAAUAUAGUAAAUUAAUGUGUAACUAGUUUAUGAUCUACUCUUGUUUUCUUAUAUUUGUAAUACUAUUUUACUUAGAAAUCA